GGUGGAGGGCCUGGAGAGUCAGUCUGGUGAAGGACAUUGGAGGAGCUGGGAAUGUUUAGUUGGAGGAGGCGGAGGGGAGACCUGCUCAGUCUCUACAGGGACCUGACAGGUCGUUGUGGAGAGACAAUAUGGCAAGCCCAGGUAAAGAUAACUUCAGAAUGAAAAGCUACAAAAAUAAUGCACUUAAUCCCCAAGAAAUGCGCAGACGAAGAGAGGAGGAAGGAAUCCAGCUUCGGAAACAGAAAAGGGAAGAACAGCUGUUUAAACGCCGAAAUGUUUCUCUCCCGGGAAAUGAAGAAUCUAUGGUAGAAAGUCCAAUUCAGGAUCCUGAUGUCAGCUCUACUGUACCUAUCCCAGAGGAAGAAGUUAUUACAGUGGAUAUGGUGCAGAUGAUUUUCUCAGAUGAUCCUGAUCAGCAACUCACAGCAACUCAGAAAUUCAGAAAAUUGCUAUCUAAAGAGCCUAAUCCACCUAUAGAUGAAGUCAUACAAAAACCAGGAGUAGUGCAGAGAUUUGUGAAAUUUCUAGAGAGGAGUGAGAAUUACACUCUGCAAUUUGAAGCAGCUUGGGCAUUGACAAACAUAGCAUCUGGAACUUUUCUACACACUAAAGUUGUAAUUGAAACCGGAGCUGUUCCAAUUUUUAUUAAGUUGCUUAGUUCAGAACAUGAAGAUGUACAGGAGCAGGCAGUGUGGGCUCUUGGUAACAUUGCUGGUGAUAAUGCAGAAUGCAGAGACUUUGUUUUAAACUGUGGAAUAUUGCCACCCCUCUUGGAACUCUUAACAAAUUCAAAUCGUCUUACAACAACUAGAAAUGCAGUCUGGGCUCUCUCAAAUCUCUGUAGAGGAAAGAACCCACCUCCAGACUUCAGUAAGGUUGCUCCUUGCUUGAAUGUUUUAUCAAGACUGUUGUUUAGCAGUGACCCAGAUGUACUGGCAGAUGCUUGCUGGGCCCUCUCAUACCUUUCAGAUGGUCCCAAUGAUAAAAUUCAAGCUGUUAUUGAUUCUGGAGUGUGUCGGAGACUGGUAGAGCUGCUGAUGCAUAAUGAUUACAAGGUGGUAUCCCCUGCACUAAGGGCAGUUGGAAAUAUUGUUACUGGGGAUGAUAUCCAAACACAGGUAAUUCUAAACUGCUCUGCAUUACCCUGUCUCUUGCACUUGCUUAGUAGUCCCAAGGAAUCUAUUCGAAAGGAAGCAUGUUGGACUGUUUCUAAUAUAACUGCAGGAAACAGAGCUCAAAUUCAGGCUGUUACAGAUGCAAAUAUUUUUCCAAUAUUGAUUGAAAUUCUUCAAAAAGCUGAAUUUCGCACCAGAAAAGAAGCAGCAUGGGCCAUAACUAAUGCAACAUCAGGAGGAACCCCUGAACAGAUUAGGUAUUUGGUAGCACUAGGUUGUACCAAGCCUCUUUGUGACCUCCUGACUGUGAUGGAUUCAAAGAUAGUACAGGUGGCUUUAAAUGGACUUGAAAAUAUUCUGCGUCUUGGAGAACAAGAGUCUAAGCAAAAUGGAAUGGGCAUUAAUCCUUAUUGUGCCCUUAUAGAGGAAGCAUAUGGACUUGAUAAAAUUGAAUUUCUUCAGAGGCAUGAAAACCAAGAGAUCUACCAAAAAGCUUUCGAACUCAUAGAACAUUACUUUGGUGUGGAAGAAGAGGACUCCAGUAUUGCACCUCAGGUGGAUGAAAGUCAGCAGCAGUUUGUGUUUCAACAGCAGGAGGCUCCAAUGGAGGGGUUUCAGCUGUAAGCUAUUAAAGUGACAACAAGCAUAAAAAGUAAACACUUGUAGGGUUUUGUUUUUUUCUUUUCCCAGAGGUCUUUUCUUUAUGGCCAAAGUUACAGGAAAUUGAAUAUGUUUUGCAAAAACAGAUGAAGCAGCUCAUGCACUUUUAUAUACUGUGUUAGAUACAACUGUUCUUGGUUUUGUAUUUGUGUUUUUCAUUAUCUCAUAUGUACAGAAAAUAACUGUGAUUAAUCAUGUCUGAAGUAAAGCAUUAAUUGUGAUUUAACAAAAACUGUUAAGCUAAGACUUGGUAGGAUUUUAGGUAGUGUUUCUGAAUUUUUCACAUAGUCUCAAACUGCAUAUCAGCAAUACAGUUACUGACAGUUGCAUUUUUGGCAGUAGGCUUGACUUGCCCAGUCUCUAUUAAAUCUACCUCUUGUAUUGAAGCAAAAACAUUGCUUCAGAACUAAGGCAUGAAAUCAAGAUGAGCUUGUAAGAAGCUGAAUUGGAAUGUGAAAAAUAUUUAUUUAAAAUUGUGGAACUUUUAUGCAUUAAUUGCUUUACAACACACUGUUUGAAUUUAUUUAUAAAAUGUAUUUAAAAACAUAAUAGAUAUACAUAUAUAAUGCUAAUAUAAUAUUGAAUAUAUGGAAAAGCUUUUUCUGAGUCAUGUGGGAAGAGGACUGUUUCAGAGGUUUUCAAAUUGAAAUCAAUAGAGAGCUUGCUGGUCAUUUGAUGUUGGCUCUGUAAUUAAAGCUGCUAAAUGGCAUUAAAAGUCAUUUGCUGUGGGAGCAGUUGCUGUAGUUAUUAAAAGAAUGCUGUGAUUAUGAAUGACAGGGAUAGUCAUUUGCCCAAAUCACCAAGCAGAUGGUUUACAACUGUCUCCUGUCAAAAUGUGGUAGCACCACUUUAGUUUGAGAUACAUUGUAAUGUUUGUCUUUCUAGUACAGUAGCUUCUUAAAAGUUUAGAGAGUAGGUGUUAUUUUUUUUGACCAAAUAUGCUACUGCCACUUGAGUUGUUCUUUAAGUUAACUGUUUUAUUUGAUAAGACAAUAGAAAUAACUGCAGUGAAGAACAAAUAGUGAAUCACUCCUUUCCAGUUGAAGGAAAACUUUGUUGUAUGUAAAUAGCAUUAAGUAUUUGGACACCAAAACUAACUAGAAGUUACUGCUAUCUGAAUAUUUAGGCUUUAUGAUAUACAGUAUUUGCAGUUAAGCACUAAAAGAAAUAGAAUUCUAAUAUUUAUGUUAACAAUUUUGAAUACAGAGAAACGUUUGCUCUGCUUGGACUUGCAUAUAAGUAGUUUUUCUAGCAUAUUAGUAGUAUAUCUCAUUUGGAGAAGUUUAAUACUUUGGGUUAACUCUAAAGUAUUAUUUUUUUAACCUAUAAUUAAUGUAUUAACAUCAAACUCCUGAGUUACGAGAUCUCAUGCUUCAAUAAAAGCUGCAACUUAAAACUUCAAAUUACUUACUCCAUGGUACUGUGCUUGUCACUAAACAAUACUUUAAUGCACUGAAUAAUACACGUUAAAGGUGGUAUCAUUUACAGUACCAUUUUAUAUUUAGAAUUUUUUUUACAUGCAAUUUAAGAUUCUAAGAUGUCUCAUUUCUGUGUUACAGCAAUAUAUACUAUAUUGUAAUUGAAUGCAGGACUUGAAGUGGAUUUUCUGGGAUCAGUGGUCAGUUUUGACCAAGACAACUGGGAGGGAAGAAAUCUCUUUUUGAAGUCUUUUUAGGAGAAGAUAGGAGUGUAAGAAGUGUAUAUAGGAGUGCUGUUACUUUAUGAACUCUGAAUAAGGAGAUAUUUUAGCAAAUGACACUUUAAACCUAGAUUUGUACAGCAUAUAACAGUUUUGAGUAGUGUGAUAAUACUGAGUACAGCUGCCAAAUUUUCAUAUAAUGUUGUUAGAUGAUUGUAUUUGUGCCCUUUUUACUUUCAUAGUUUUAGGUUUUCAUAUACUGACCUUCCUUCGUUCACCCCAUCUGUUCAAAGUACAGGGUAACAGUCAUGGAAAGCUACCAGGAUUACUAGCAAAUGCUGAAUUUCAGUGUUCUUCUAGUGUAAGAAAAUUAUUCAGGUAACAGGGUAUUCCAUUGUUUAUCACAACUUUGUUUUGGUAACAUAACCAGCUGUGCCUGCUGUUUAUUUGGAGAACCCUGUAAAAACUGCAUUUAUAAGCCUCUCUAAUUUAAACCAAAUCUGAAUUAUAAAAAUCUUGGUUAAAAGACUUGAAGAAAAGAUGGGACAUUUAAAGUAUUACAUUACUUUGAAAAAAUGUCUUCAGUUUUGUGAAUAUAUUUGUGAACAGUUAGUGACUGCACUUUAUGCAUUUAGAUAAACUAUUUCAUGCCUUUGAUACAUUUAAAUGUGACAGUUUAAAAGGGAAUUAAAAUUGAUGAAUUUGGCUGAUGAAAACCAUUAUUUAAACUCAACAUUUGGUUUACCCUAAAAUGUUAAAAUAAUAAUGAAAAUUCUCCUUUAAAGGCUAAAUAUACAGGAUGGCCUCUCCUAUUUUAUCCCUGGUUUUACAUCACAUUUUUUAAAAAGCACAUAAAUGAACAAUAUAAAACCAGAGAUGGUGACUUAAGGUCAGCUCUGGUGUAGUCAUUUGCAGAUAGGGUGUUAAUAUGUCAUUGCCUAAACAGAUGAAACCAGUGUGGAGAAAAAAAAAAGCAACAAACAAAAAACCCAAAAAGCCCUGUGAGAGUACAAUCUCUUGAAGCUUGCUAUUUUAUAUGGUAUCUGAAGUGCCCUGUCAGUUAUUAAGUAUGUUUAAAAAUACAGGGGUUUGGUUUUUUUGUGGGUUUGGUUUUAAUCAAAAUGGUACCAUUUGUUCUGCUUAAAUGUGAAUACUAACUAGCUAAUCUAUGCAACUAUGCAAAGCAUAAGAUUUUAUUUUUUUUAGUUCCAUACUCGAUACACUGAAUCAUAUCUUUUUUCAUUGUUGCACUUUUGUCUGAGGACUGGUUCAUACAGCUUUUUUAUUUUCUAGUAUUUGCUUUAAACACUGUUGCUAGAAGCAAUCAGAAAAUAGUAAUAAUGUUGGCACAGAUAUAAGUUAGCUGUAGAGCAAGUUUGCAACUGGAAAAUAUUUAUUGUUGGGUCUGUCUUUAAUUAAAAAAAUUUAAAAGAUGCACUGUUGUCUUUCCUCCACGGUUAGUUCUCAAUUGAUUUAAAUUUACUGAAUUGUCCAAAACUGAGGAUUUUUGUAAUAGGUCUGCCAAUUGAUGUGAAGUUUAACUGUGACCUCAAAAGUUCACUGACAUCUGGAAUUAGAAAUUUCAGUUACUUAUGGCACAAAAUCUUUAUACAAUGUGUGGAAACUACACUACCUACGCUAACUCCAGACAGUAAUAGUGCAUCUUUAAAUCCAGGCCAAAGGCCCAUUACUGUAACAGAACACAUAUGAGUAGUAUGCAAUAUUAUGGAAUGUUAAAUCUCCAAAUACCAUACAGAAACCAAUAAAACCUAUUUUACAGAU